UAGCAUUAAGUUUGAUUUUGUCAAAAAAACCCAAGUGGUGUAUAGUAGUAGCAGUGAGUGUACUCAUGGCUAGUGUAUCUCUUCCAUAUCUACUUGCUUUGCUUUGCUAUUUGGAGUUCUGUUUUUGCUUUAACCCUAAACACUUGAACCUUUCAACCAUCGCCAAGCACUGGUCUUCUGCUAGAGCUACUUGGUAUGGAAGCCCUAAUGGUUCUGGAAGUGAUGGAGGAUCUUGUGGGUAUGGAGUUUUAGUAUCACAACCUCCAUUCUCUUCCAUGAUAACUGGAAUUGGCCCCUCUCUUUACCAAUCAGGCAAGGAAUGUGGAGCUUGCUAUCAGGUCAAAUGUACGAAACACCCAUCUUGUUCAGGAAAACCAGUGAGGGUGGUGAUCACAGAUUUCUGCCCUGGAUGUGCCGAAGGACCCGCACAUUUUGAUCUCAGUGGAACUGCAUUUGGUGCCAUGGCACUUCCUGGAGAAGAUAAAAAACUACGAGUUGCAGGAGUUCUUGAAAUUGGAUAUUCACGUGUGGCAUGUGAUUACUCAGGGAAAACAAUUGCAUUCCAUGUUGACCAAGGUUCAAACCCGAACUACUUUGCGGCAGUAAUUGAAUUUGAAGAAGGAGACGGCGAUCUCGCCAGUGUUGAGCUGAAGGAAGCUUCGUCGGAAGAUUGGCGUGCCAUGCAACAAUCAUGGGGUGCAGUGUGGAAACUGGAUGCUGGUUCACAACUAAAACCACCAUUGUCGAUCAAGUUGAUAUCUCAGUAUUCAGGCCAAACUCUAGUUGCCAAAAAUGUGAUUCCAAAUGGUUGGAAACCUGAUGCCACUUACAGAUCUUUAGUGAAUUACCUAUGAUAUAUAUUAAUAAUUAAUCUUAACCUAUACUUAUGUUAUUAUAUAUAUUUUGUAUUUGGGUUUGUAAUUCCCAAGGGACAGAUUAGGGUAAGACCAUUCUUGGAUUUGGUUCAAGAUGUGUGUCUUUAAAAUAAUAUAAUCUCAAGUUCUACAGAACAAUGUACCAACUAAUUAAUGGCGUGUUACA